UAUCUUUAUAUUUCCAGUUAAACUGAUAUAGGCCUCACAUUAUAUAUACGUGUUGAGGUUGGGAAAACUCCAGUUCACAUGACAUCAGAUCUAGGAUGGCAGAACAAAAUCUAAAAGGACAAGAGGAUCUUACUUCAACUGUUGCUAAGCAUUACAAUGAGUUACAGGAAUCCGGCCUGGAGAAAAGAAAAGAAAGUCGUAUAUUCCAUCUGAGAAAUUUUAAUAACUGGAUAAAAAGUGUUCUUAUUGGGGAGACAAUCCAGGCUGUACAUGGCCAAAGUAACGAACGUUCUGACCUCAGUGUACUUGAUCUAUGUUGUGGUAAAGGCGGUGAUCUUCUCAAAUGGAAGAAAGGACAGAUAUCUAAAAUUGUGUGUGCAGAUAUAGCAGCCACCUCUGUUGAACAAUGCCAGAGUCGCUAUCAGGAAAUGGUUGACCGUGGUCGGAAUGACCGAGGCCCAAAUAGAAUCUUCUCUGCAGAAUUUAUAACAGCAGAUUGUACUAAAGAGAGAUUGAGAGACACUUACAAGGACAGCAACACAACAUUUGACAUCACAAGUUGUCAGUUUUCUUUUCACUACUGUUUUGAGAGCUACCCACAAGCCAAACUAAUGCUACAGAAUGCCUGUGAAUGUUUAAAGCUUGGUGGGUACUUUAUAGGAACAACGCCUGACUCAUAUGAAAUUGUGCGAAGGUUUCGUGACUCUCCUGAUCGGUGUGCGGGCAAUGAUGUGUACAGUGUGAGUUUCUGUUCUGAAGAUGUUGAUAACAUUCCCCUGUUUGGAGCCAAGUAUAACUUCCAUUUAGAGGGUGUUGUGGACUGCCCAGAGUUCCUUGUGUAUUUCCCAGUGUUGGAAAAAAUGGCAGAGGAAUUGGGUAUGAAGCUGGUUUAUAGAAAACCAUUUGAUGAAUACUUCGCAGAAAAAUCUGAGAUAGGUGAACACAGAGGGUUGUUAGGGAGAAUGUCUGCAUUAGAGUGUUAUCCUCCUCCCGAAGGCACAGCACUAGUAGGCACCAAUUCAAAUGACUACAAAGACACAGAGAUCUGCCUCAACAAACUCAAGGAGGAGGACACGCGGCCGGAGGACCUCAAGCAUCAUCGCCCUGUUAGAGUGGGAACAUUGUCACAAGCAGAAUGGGAUGCCUCAACUAUAUAUUUAGUAUUUGCUUUCCAAAAAGUGAAAGAUGUUAAUACUGGAAAAUUGUGGACUGAACCAAAUAUGGAUGCACAAUCCAAUAAGCAUCAGAGUGAAGGCUCACGAAAACGUCACAGUGACCAGCACCGAGACAUUGCUGAAUCAACACCGAAACAACAGAAGACGUCUUAGAUUGAGGACAAAUGAGUACAGUAAAACUACAGACCUUCGGUGCUAUAAGUCAGUGAUACAUAUUCAAGUCUCUUACCUAGGCACCGUCAUUACACAGGACUAUAUUGUUGUAAAUCAAAUCUACGAGUAGAAAUUUCUUGGGAAAGUGACCCAGUGUACAGAUUGUGUCAUGGUACUACAUAAAACAUGCAAUAAAAAGUCAGUACUCAUGAUACUUUGACUGUGGAAGUAAGAUAUGAAUGAUGAAAUCUGAGGAUUGAUAAUACAUUUUCUUAAUAGUUAGAAAAUUCAAAUUAUGUGGGAAGGAACUGAGUGUAAAAGGAAUAAACUGAUAGAUGUAUUAAGGUAUUGUUCAUGAGAGAGAGAAUGUUGCAGAUGUUCAGAGUUUUCCAUAAUUUUGACAAUAGUAGGCUGUGUAAUGAAAGUAGGAGGCUGUCCUGCUGUGUACGUGUAGUCGUGUACGGAACAUUAUUACGGAACUGGAUUGCUGUAGGUGGGCAAAUGAUCAAAGUAGCCAGUCAAAUUGGCCGGCGACCGACUCUUAUGGAAAACCCUGGAUGUUGAUGAAUUUAGCUCUGAAAAAUGAAGUGAAACUAGAUGCGAGUGUAAGAAUGAAGAUGAAUGAUACGAUUAUUGAUGUGAAUGACGUACGAAUUAACCUUUUAUUUUGUUUAGAUAAUGAGAUGGUAAAUCCAUAAAUUGUAUAAAUACACUUGUCAUUACAGAAUAAACAUAGUUUCUCAUACUUAGAUUAUCGUUACAGAGACAAUGGCAGUAGUUAACAUCAUAUAGUUGCUAUACGUUGCUGCACAGUUUCCAUAAUACAGAAUACAAUGUUGUUUAUCAUUGAUCCGACCACAGUCAGUUAAUUUGUUAUUAGUAUUGACAAGACAUUUCCAAUGAAAAAACUAUACCAGAUCACUUAUUAAACUCCUCUUGUAAAUAUUCAUUUUAGGAAUAAUUCUUGUCAGUGUCAUUUUUAAUUUCUAACUGUGGUAGCUAGGAUUUACAGGUCUUUGGAAUGCUUUUACACAAUUUUGAGAUCUGGAUGCCCAGAUGAUAUCACAAGUACAAAAUAUAUUCAUUAGAUCUUAGAAUCAGGUAACUGUUAAAAGGACUUAUCCUUUGUGAUACGUAACAAAAUAGGAUAUUGACAGUAGAUCACAAUAAAGACGUGCUGCAGUUAGUGCAUACAUGUUGUGGAUACAUCAUGGUAAAACAUGUUUUUAACUGAUUUUUUUUUAUUAUUUUAUCAUUUCGUACAUAUCAAAUGUAUCGCCUUAUUAACGAUAACAGUUGGUUUUCACUGACAUAUGCACAUAAAAAGGUUUUUGCAUCAUAUAUGAUAACGCAUGCACACAAAACACGGACACUGUAAACCCAAAGGAAAUGGUCUCAACAAUGUUUGUGGUGAAUGUCGCUUAUUUUGUAAAUAUGAUUAACUUAGAGUUAUCAACAAAAUCUGAUAUUAAAAAAGGAUUUUACUAUCUUUGUCGCUACUGUUGGUGUCAUUCCUGGCCGGCAUCAUAUGCUCGUGUUUUUAUGAAAUGAAUUGUUUUCAAAGCUUGUAUGUAAUGUUAUCAGCACAGAUUUUGAGAGGGUUUUCACAAACAAAAAGAAGUGGUCAAGCUAGACAUUGGAAAUUGACCAUGAAUAUUGGUAUGGCAUAGAAACGUAAAUGUAUAAAACACACAAUCAGUAACAAACUUUAUGUUUUUAUCGUGAUGUUGCUUUAAUAUGAAAAUAGUGCUAAAUACAAAAAAAUCAAUUCCUGAAGGACCAAAAUUAGCUGUGCUUCUGAAAGUUCAUUGGUAGCAUUUCAGAAGAACAAUGCAACAGUGUAGAUUUAAAAUACAUAAGAAAAACCUUGUUAUCUCAAACUCAUGUAACUUGAUAACCACAUUUAAUUUGAAAUUAACAACUAAAAAUAGAGCCAACGUCAGUUCCAGCUGUGAGGGUUGAUCAGUGGGGUGCUGCGCGUUGGGAGGCUUCAUCAGGUCCUGAUGAAGCCUCACCCUAGAGGCGAAACUAGUCGACCAUGAUAAAUUCCCCACUAAUUGGUGACGCUUGGGUGUGUUGUGAUUGAAUUCUACCUUUAUUAUUUAAUUUGAAAUAUUUUAUUGGUCCCAGCCAAGUAUCACAAAAAGCAUUGGAGCUCACUUAAAUCAAAUACCCAGAUGACUUGAAGUUUUCUCAUGGUUCAAGAGACUUUGAAAUAACAAGGUUCACCUGUAUGUACACUUUAUUGAAGUUAUUAAAGUUUUUGUUAUGUAGUGGAAUGGAAGGUUUGGAGCAAAUAAAUAUGGCUAGAUUGAGAUGAAA